CUACUGCCCUCACUCAGGUCCUGACCGAUGCAGAUUCCUCUGUUGGUGAUGCUUUACAGGGGAGUGAGUGAGAGAGCGACAACAAGAGAGAGGGAGGCAGGGGGAGAAUAGAGAAAGCAAGCAGCACUCUGCACUGCCAGCCGCGGUAGCUCAAUAUGGAGUAACCGCGUAGGCUCGACAACGACGGGAGUACAAAGAACAACCCGCUUGGGAUCGAAAUUACAUUCACAAGGAAUAAGGGAUCACUUCCAAAAAUGAGAUACGACAUUGCAUACACCCAAUCAACUUGAAGGGAAUAAAAUAGAUUUAGCAAUUUCUAUUUAUUAUUGAAAAAUGGCGAACGAGUCUCCAGCUAAAAGUCUAGUUGACAUAGACCUUGCCUCUUUGCGGGACCCAGCUGGUAUUUUCGAACUGGUGGAAGUGGUCGGCAAUGGCACGUAUGGACAAGUAUACAAGGGCCGACAUGUCAAGACAGGACAACUGGCGGCCAUCAAGGUCAUGGAUGUCACAGAGGAUGAAGAAGAGGAGAUUAAACUGGAGAUUAAUAUGCUGAAGAAGUACUCCCACCACAGAAACAUAGCCACCUAUUACGGAGCCUUCAUCAAGAAGAGCCCACCAGGACAUGACGACCAGCUAUGGCUGGUGAUGGAGUUCUGUGGUGCAGGCUCUAUCACAGACCUGGUGAAGAACACCAAGGGCAACACACUGAAGGAGGACUGGAUCGCCUACAUCUCCCGUGAGAUCCUCAGGGGGUUGGCUCACCUGCACGCCCACCAUGUGAUCCACCGUGACAUCAAGGGCCAAAACGUGCUGCUGACUGAGAACGCUGAGGUCAAACUGGUGGAUUUUGGUGUGAGCGCCCAGCUGGACCGGACAGUGGGCCGGAGGAACACCUUCAUCGGGACACCCUAUUGGAUGGCGCCGGAGGUCAUUGCCUGCGACGAGAACCCAGACGCCACCUACGACUACAGAAGUGACUUGUGGUCCACUGGAAUCACAGCUAUAGAGAUGGCUGAGGGAGCUCCUCCACUGUGCGAUAUGCAUCCAAUGAGAGCGCUCUUCCUCAUCCCCAGAAACCCUCCUCCUCGACUCAAGUCAAAGAAAUGGUCCAAGAAGUUUUGCAGCUUCAUUGAAGGCUCCCUGGUGAAGAACUAUACCCAGCGCCCCCCCACCGACCAGCUGCUGAAACACCCCUUCAUCAGGGACCAGCCCAACGAGAGGCAGGUCCGCAUCCAGCUCAAAGACCACAUCGACCGCACCAAGAAGAAGAGAGGGGAGAAGGAUGAUACAGAGUAUGAGUACAGUGGGAGUGAAGAAGAAGAGGAGGAAGCUCAGGAGCAGGAGGGGGAGCCCAGCUCUAUAGUGAACCAGCCAGGGGAAUCAACCCUGCGUAGGGACUUCAUCCGUCUGCAGCAGGAGAACAAGGAGCGCUCGGAGGCCCUGCGCAGACAGCAGCUCUUGCAGGAGCAGCAGCUCCGGGAGCAGGAGGAGUACAAGCGCCAACUACUGGCAGAGAGGCAGAAACGCAUCGAGCAGCAGAAAGAGCAAAGGAGGAGGCUGGAGGAGCAACAGCGUCGCGAGCGGGAGAUGAGGAGACAGCAGGAGCGUGAGCAGCGGCGCCGCGAGCAGGAUGACAAGAGGCGUAUGGAGGAGGUUGAACGCCGGCGUAAAGAGGAGGAGGAGCGCAGGAGGGCAGAGGAGGAGAAGAGGAGGGCUGACCGCGAGCAGGAGUACAUCCGUCGCCAGUUGGAGGAGGAGCAGAGGCACCUGGAGAUCCUGCAGCAGCAGCUGCUCCACGAACAGGCCAUGCAGCUGGUGAGACCAAACUCUGCCGAUGAGAGGUACCGUAAGAACAUCCAAGGAUCUCCUCAGGCUGCCCAGGUUAAGGUCCAGCCCCCAGUUCCUCCCCGCGCCGCAGAGACCGUCGCUAAUGGAAACGCGCCCGCCAUGCACAGACCGAUGGAAGCCCAGGUCCAAUGGUCCCACCUCUCCGGUCUAAAGAGCAGCAUCGCCACUCCCCCUGUUGUCUCACGCUCUCAUUCCUUCAGUGAGCCCAUCGUCACUGGUUUUACACACCUCAACCUACGCUCUCAGGAGCAGCACCAUCAACCUGCACCAUCAUCAUCAUCAUCAUCGCCCGCACACACUGACCUGCAGCCCCACCCGCAGCCUAGGGCCACUCCCCUCGAGAAGGCCCCCACAGACGACUCCCCUCCCAGGGUUCCUGUGAGGACAACGUCCAGGUCUCCAGUACUGUCAUGCAGGGACUCCCCUUUCCAUGGCAAUGCCACACCUAGCAACCCGGUGAGCCAGAGGAAAGCCAGCAGUGCUGCAGCGGAGCCGCGUCUGCUGUGGGAGCGGGUGGAGAAGCUGGUCCCCAGGUCAGGCAGUGGUAGUAGUGGUAGUACUGGCAGUUCCUCUGGCUCCAGUAACUCCAGCUCUCACAGCGGCUCAGGGGAGAGAUUCAGAGCCCGCUCGUCAUCAAAGUCUGAGGGUUCUCCCCUUCAGCGCCCAGAGCAUGCUGGGAAAACCCCAGAGGAGAGGAAGGAAUUGGUCAGACCUAACCAACCGGUGGACCUGACGGCACUGGCCAAAGAGCUGCGUGCAGUGGAGGAUGUUCCACGUCCCCACAAGGUGACGGACUACUCCUCAUCCAGUGAAGAGUCGGGCACCACAGAUGAGGAUGAUGAUGAAGAGGUGGACCAGGAGGGGGGGGAGGAGUCUACCUCAGGACCAGAGGACUCUCGGGCUGUCUCUUCGAGGCUGAGCAACGGUGAGACGGAGUCGGUGAAGACUAUGAUCGUUCACGAGGAGGGCGAGAGUGACGCUAAAACCACACCCUGUAAAGAUGGCACUCUGAUCGUCAGACCGAGUGCAGGUGACAGCAAAAAGCGACCUGUCCCCAGCCCUGGUCAAGGCCCUGUCCUUGGCUUUGUCCCCAGCCCCGGGCUAAUUCACCCUGCCCUCCAGGGCCACCCCGUUCUCCAAGGCCACCAGGAGAGAAAUGGCUUUGCAGGCCGCAUUCACCUCCUGCCUGACCUGAUCCAGCAGAGCCACCACUCCCCCUCCUCCUCUGCCUCCUCCUCCCCCUCCUCCUCCAGCCUGACCAGCCCCACCAUGUCAAUGUCCCCCCAGAGCCCCCUGGACAAGCUCAGCAUGCUACUGGAGAGUCAUUCUUCCAGCAACAGCAUGCAGAAGCACAAGUCCUCCUCCUCCUUCACUCCCUUUAUUGAUCCACGCCUCCUCCAGGUCUCUCCAUCCGGCGCCGCUCUCAAUAACCUGGCUUUUGGGAACGACGCUAGGCUGGCAGAGGCACUGAGGGCGGACCCGUCACGUAAAGGCUCCGUGGUCAAUGUGAACCCUGUCAACACACGACCUCAAAGCGACACCCCAGAGAUCCGCAAGUAUAAGAAGAGGUUUAACUCUGAGAUCCUGUGUGCAGCACUCUGGGGAGUGAACCUCCUGGUGGGCACAGAGAGUGGUCUGAUGCUGCUGGACCGUAGCGGUCAGGGGAAGGUCUACCCCCUAAUCAGCCGACGCCGCUUCCAACAGAUGGACGUACUAGAGGGACUCAACGUCCUGGUCACUAUAUCAGGCAAGAAGAACAAGCUGCGUGUUUACUAUCUGUCCUGGCUGAGGAACAAGAUCCUGCACAACGACCCUGAGGUGGAGAAGAAACAGGGCUGGGUCACUGUGGGAGACCUGGAGGGCGCUGUGCACUACAAAGUUGUGAAAUACGAGAGGAUCAAGUUUUUGGUUCUGGCCCUGAAGAACUCGGUGGAGGUCUAUGCAUGGGCACCGAAGCCCUACCACAAGUUCAUGGCUUUCAAGUCGUUUGGUGACCUGGUGCACAAGCCCCUGCUGGUUGACCUGACGGUGGAGGAAGGUCAGAGAUUAAAGGUCAUCUAUGGCUCCAGUAACGGAUUUCAUGCCGUUGACGUGGACUCGGGGGCAGUCUACGACAUCUACCUGCCCACCCAUAUCCAGACCAGUAUCCAGUCCCAUGCCAUCAUCAUCCUGCCCAACACAGAUGGCAUUGAGCUGCUAGUGUGUUACGAGGACGAGGGUGUCUAUGUCAACACCUAUGGACGCAUCACCAAGGACGUGGUGCUGCAGUGGGGCGAGAUGCCCACUUCUGUGGCCUACAUACGUUCUAACCAGAUUAUGGGCUGGGGGGAGAAGGCCAUAGAGAUCAGGUCUGUGGAGACCGGACACCUGGACGGGGUCUUCAUGCACAAGAGAGCCCAGAGACUCAAGUUCCUGUGUGAGAGGAAUGACAAGGUGUUCUUUGCCUCGGUGCGGUCCGGAGGAGCCAGCCAGGUGUACUUUAUGACCCUGGGGCGUACCUCUCUGCUCAGCUGGUAGAGAAAGACCAUGCCCCCUCUACACUGGAAACCAACGAACCGCGUUUUACCCAACGUUCAGUGAUGCCAACGGACAAAAGCCAACCAUCUCCGUCUUAGCUACGACCUUCGACCCGGGGCAUCGUGUUAUAUUGAGGAUACAUACAACAUCCAGAUGCCAUCUCCCCAGCCGUGAAUACCAGAUAUGAGAAUUGUUCAAAAUUAAGAUAAUUGAUUAUAAAACAACAAAAAUAAAGGGGGAACGGUUUACUCAACUGAUUGUGGACACGUCUGUGCGAGGUCGUUGCUCUGAACACCUGUGACCUCUGUGUUUGUCGUUCCUAGUUACUGACUGUGAUGUGGGCUUGAAGUUUACUAACUACUCUCUGCAUCUUCUGCUCGUAUUUCAGGAACCCCCUUCCACCCCACCCUUGUCCUUAGCGAGGGAGGAGCAGGGGUGGAGCAUACAGUGUUAAUGCUACAGUAGUGUAUGUAAAUGUAUUUCUGUUUGGUACAAUGAUUGCUGACUGCAAGGGGGCGGAGGGGGUUGAAGCUGUCAGUCAUGGAGGAGGCGGGAGUAGAGAAGCCGAGCAAGGGAGCCAAUUUGUUCGAUGCCAUGAUGACAGAAGGUGGAAGGGGCCAAGGCGUUUUACCGUAAAUCUGGUAGUAUCUGAGAGGACUCAGCUGGACUGUGUGUUGAUAGAGUUAAGACAGCUACAGUAUUUUAAUGGGCGCGGUCAAAGAAAAUGAUUUUAUCCGGAUGGACUUCAGACUAGUAUUUUUUAUUAUAAAUUCCCUAAAAAAAGUGAAACUAUGUGGAGUUAAUAUUUCUUUUACCUUAUUUUCUAAAAUCACAUUUGCACAGUCUCCAGUUUGCUUGAUUUUAAUCCAACCCACAACACAUUGAAGUGUUUUAGGAGUUAGAGAGAGUGGGUGGGUUAGGACAGGAAACCAUGUCUAUGUAUAAUAAAAUGUCAUUUAAUCUCCAUAGUUUCAGUGGUCAUGGUAGUGGAUCCCUCGGUGAUCCGGCUUGGACCAUCAGAGGGUCCAGGAUGGAGGACAUGGUCCGGAUGUGAAUAGACAGAUAUAAUAAAAGACAGUGGAGGAGAAGGGUAAGGUGAUAGUAUUUUUUGUGUGUGUGUGUGUGUGUGUGUGUGUGUGUGUGUGUGGUUGGUUGGUUGUAAAGGGGCCAAUAGAUGAGAGAGGAGGGGUGUUGAUGUACGUUUUUGUAGCAGAAAGGUUACACAUGGUCAGCACAACUCAAUGGACUCCUAGUCAGUGGAUAGAACAAAACGGUGUUUUAUUGUUCUUUUGAUAUUUCAGCUUUUUGUUUUUCAUUUGUAUCUUUUCAUGAAUGCAGUGCACUAAGUGUCAAGAAUGUAGAAAGAAGUAUACUGUGUGGUAGUCGAAGGCAUGAGACUUUUAUUUGUGUUCCUUGUCACAAGUGAUUGAUUUCGAUGUUCAAUUUCAAAGUAACACAAGUGAAUAUUAAAUGAAGGCUCCGCUAUUAAAGAUGUUGAUUUUCCUUUCACAAACUCAAUGUUUUAAAGUGCAUCAGAGCUGGAGCGGGAGCAGCUCUGAGUUGAGACGAUGCUAGGCUAUAGUAGUUUUCUGUGGAGCCAGUAUGCUCACAGUAGCCUAAUCAACCUUAUUCACCAACAGGGCUUAGUCCUUAGUGUAAUUGUAAACAAUAUGACCACGCUUAGCUAAGUUGUCUUGAGCACGGUACGUUUGUCCAUCUUGUGCAAUGUCAGCUUGUCAAUCAAUGGAAGGCAAUACAAUACAAAACAACUUGUUUCAAAUCAGAGGAGAGCAGUCUGGUCACCAGGAGCCAGAACACAGGUGACCUGACCAUUGUGACUGUACAGCUCUCGUCUGACGGUGUUCAUGACGGAAACCCACUUUGGGCAGAAUCCUUUUUUUCACUGUUAAAGGCUAUAGUCUGUACAGAUAUGUAAAGAAGACUAUUCAAUUAACUGCAAUAUCCCCUGCUACGGCUCUCCAACAACAGUGGUGUAUCUAACCUUCGUUGACCAUGGUGACAAACAAGAAAAACAUCAACAACAGGCUAUUAUCUUGUUUUCCCACAGAACACAACUGUGUUUUAAUGGUGGUGAUGGAUCAAAGCUAUUUCACCCAAGUGGACAGACUCUGUACACUGACUAUGUGUCCGACAGUGGGUCAAUGAUCUCGGAGUUGGGUUUUUCUCGUACUAACAGUCAUGUCAUUAUGUGUGUAGAGCUGUGGGAAAGGCAUUGCAAAUGACAUGUCACAGAAUUGUUUCACGAGCCAACUUCUUGUAUAUGGAAAAAGAAAGCCGUUUGAAGAGCGAACCCCAAUGCUGUAUGUGUGUGUUUAAUAGCCUCCCAAUGCUGACCCACUAUGUCUUUCUGGUUGCAUCAAGGCCUUCAUGAGGCAUAAGUUACUUUCUUAAGAUUAUGGUUAUUGAUAUUCUUAUUAAUGGAAAAAGAUUGAACAUUUUUGCAAUCUGAAAAGCAGUCGCUUGCUGAUUUAACGUUUUUAAAAAGUGCUAAGAUGGCAACAUUAAAUGUUUUUCUUUAAAUUACAAAACCACUUUGUUGAUCUCACUUGAAGCAUUUUGUAUUCUUAAGUUUUAACUUGGUUAAGAAGCUUAAUAAUGGUUUCUGUAAGUGUAUGUACUCUGCAGUGGUUGAAUAUUAUAAUGCUCACGUUAGGUCGAGAAAAUGGAAAUGUUUACAGAGGCGAUGUUUUGUUACACUAAUGUGCAUUAUAUUUGUUUUUUUGUUGCUUGUUUUGUAUUGAACGAUAUUUUAGUCAAUAAUCCUAAAUGAUGCCAUUGUUUUUCUCGCUCAAAUAACCAACUCACAACACAAUAAAGAAUACACUUGCAAUGUUUAAUUUUCCAGAUGUUCCCAUAACAUUAAUCCAGCGUUGUGGGGACAUUGUAGUGAUGUACAGUCCGUUUCCUGCAGGCUUGGAUGUCAGUCAGGCUUGGGUGUUUUUCUCCAGUGUUUCUGCCAUGCUACUCUAAUUUAUGUCCUCUCUAUGUAUGACAGGAAGUCCUGUAUUUUCCUGAAGGUUUUUUUUCUUUGAAUAAACUAAAGUAAUUUAAAGAC